ACUGGCGGGCAGGCGGGCGGAGUAGGAGGAGUGUGGCUGUCUCCGCUCACUUCUCCACAGCGAGGGGACUCUGAGAAUAAACAAUUCCCUCAGACUGCACGCUACACACCUCUGCUCGCGUACAGUCGCAGCACAAUAAAAGACGAGGCAUUUUUUUGGACUAAAAAUUGAGAUUUUGAAAGCCUGCCUCGCCUUCCCUGCGUCCUGCUGAGAGUGUCAGGAAGACAGAUGAGACCGUUUUCAGUGGAUUUGCCUCCUCCUGUCGAAUAAUAACGAUGCGCCUCUCCGGCUGACUGUGGGGUGGACAACGCAGGUUAUGUGGCAGCAGUGCAGGGGGAGAAGCUGGGGCUAAGUGAAAAUGCCACUCAUUCCUGAAGAGUCCCUGGCCUCGUCAAGGUCCCCCAUGUGAGAUCUGGGAAGCUGAAAGGCGCCACUGACAGAAGCACAGCCAGGCCUCAGGACGGACAUCCCAAAACAUCCACAGCCACGGAAUGUGUCAACAUCUUUGUGGUGAAAUCCUGCUGACUCCUCGCUUGCUACUCACAUAAGCCUGGAUCUGGGCCUUCUGGGAUCCUACAGUGUUUAAAGGCAUACAACAAUGCCUGGGAGGCCCACCUGCCCCAGUUUGCCUCCAACCAUGCUUGCUGUUACACCACAGCGCUGACUGUACCCACUGCAUAGGGGGAUCACAUCCGGCCAGUGCAUCCGUCAUUUCCCUGCAGGCUAAAUCUGUGGAAUUGCCUGCCCUAUUUUUGGUAUUUAGGAAGUACAUGCCACUGUCAAACAGAUGACCUAGUGGACAUUUGUUUCCCAGUACCAGUGCUGAACCAUACGAGGGGAUCCUAGUAUUGAACAUGACUCAUGGGGAGGAGCCUGGCCCUGAGACACAUAAGGAUUCAGCUGUUCUAACUUAUCUGGAAGGUUUACUGAUGCAUCCAGUGGUAGCCGGGCCUGGGGCCACGGCAAGCGGGAGGUCUGAGGCUGCCCACAGCAACCAGGAGCAGGGGGAUAAAGUAGGUGGACCCUUCCAACUGCCCAGCCAUGGCCCCACAGCUCCCAAGACUGGGACCAAUGGGCCAACUCUAGGUACUUCCCAGCACCUGAAGAAGGCCCGCCUGCUGCGCUCUGGAGCCUGGAAUGAGCCAGGUAACCAGCAGAAGAGUUCCCCCUCAGUGGAGCUGAAUGGCCAAGGGGGUGGCCUGCAAAAUGGAGCACUAGAGGGAUCUCCUCAUGCUGGGGAGAGCACCCUGUUGGCUUCCCUGCUGCAGUCAUUCAGCUCAAGGCUUCAGAGUGUGGCAAUGUCUCAGCACUCCAAUAAAUCGCCCAAUGAGUGUUCCUCUCCACCCAAGGCACCACCUGCAGACAAAGAGCCUCUUCCUGUGUACGAGACAGCUUCAAGCCGUCUAAAGGGCCUAAUGAGGAAAAACAAAAUUCAGAAUCACAGCAACACACCUUACAGUCGCAGGGGGCACAGUCAGGACAGACCACCAGAAUCACCUCGGUCAGCACACAGUGCCACCCCUCCCUCUGCUCCUUCAGCUGCUGAAUCAGUUUCCUGUGCAGAGCGUCUGAAAGCAGUGGCUAACAUGGUGAAAAUCCGUUCUAGUCCAGCACCUUCACCCAAGCCCAGUGUGGCUUGCAGUCAACUGGCUCUGCUGCUGUCUAGUGAAGCCCAUCUCCAACAGUACUCUCGAGAGCAUGCGCUCAAAGCCCAGCUCUCUGGAAGAUCUGCCAGUGAGAGACUAGCUGCCAUGGCAAGCCAGCAGUUUGGCCCAGACACAAGGCCACCUAGCGUGGGAGCAACUCCACCUAGAGCCACAGAGACACUGAGCUCCCUAACAACCCAAAAUGGAAUGACAACAACUUCUACAACAACAACAACACUCCCUCGAACAACUCUUUCUGGUCCACAGAGCCCCUCUUUGCUGCGUGGACACAGCCAAAGUUCCCCAUCCACACCCCCACAUGCCCCAAACAACACUCAUAGCCAACCACUAAGGGAGAAGCGAGGCUUUGACUCACGUCCAACUCGCCCCCCCCAGACAUGCAGCAGUUUGUUGCUACUGCUACUUAAUAACCAUAACAACCAAAAGCAGCUGACAAAGAACGGGCACCUGGAAGACAGCUGUGGGAUUCUACCACCAAGCGGCUCCUCUUCUGUCACAUCGGACAGUGAAUGCUCCACCCAGGAGAGGAGCCUGACAAAGGACAGCAGUGAUGCAGAGAGUUCCUACUCAAGUUGCUCUCCCAUUGACCUUUCCAUUCGGAGCCGGGCAAAUACACAAGAGACAGGGCCCAAAACUUCCUCUUCUUCCUUCUCCUCGUACUCCUCUUCCGCCUCCACCCUCUCCUCUUCAACCACAGUGUAUUCCUUCACACCAGUUGCAUUCUCUCCUCAAGCUUCUGCUCAACCCCCACCAACAACCUUUUCACCAUCCUCUACUAUUGUCUCCUCUGUUUCCACUGCUAUUUCUUCAUCUUCCUCCUCCUCUAUUUCUACAUCUUCUCUGGAUAAACUAACUGAAUCUUUACUAAACAAGUGGAAACCAGAGCCAUCAGGAUCAAAGGUGUCCAAGAACAAAGAGCCUGAAAUGAGCCCUGAAGCAAAAUCCCACCCAAAGCUCACGCUCAUGCAGCUGCUUCUUGAGCGCAGAAAUAAUGAGAUAGUCAAUAAAAACACAGCUAACCAGGAUUCGCCACUUGACAUAAGUAUGGCCGCCAUGUCUCGAGGCCAGCCAAAGGGACUGGUGCCCUGGGAGGAGACCAGGACAAAAAGCCCUAUAGAAAGACCUGUUGCCCCAGCCCAGCCUCUCUACCCACUCAGUCGGGACCCAAGUGGUGCAUUAUCCCCGUACUCCUACCCCUCCCCACAUGUCCAGUCUAGCCCACUGGAUUUGUGUAAGUCUAAGACAUGCCCUUCUGAAAAGUCUUCAGAGCCUGCCUUCAGUGCCAGUAAGCUAUUACAGAAUCUGGCUCAGUGUGGCCCUGCUUCCUCCUCCCCACCCAUCCCCCCCAGCGGGCUGAGCCAGGAGCAAGAUGGCAGCAGGCCCCUUGCUCUAUUGGAAAGGCUCAAUGCUCCAAUCCCCAGGACCACCACCACCACUCCACUCUCAGAUGGACCCUCAGGUAGUGGCACACCUUUAAGUCACAAGGAAGCCUCUCCUCCUUCAUCACAGAUAGAGAACCUUCUAGAAAGGCGCACUGUUUUGCAACUCCUUCUCGGAACAGGCUCAGCUGCUUCCACAGUGAGCCGCAAAGAAAGGCCCAGUGGUUGUGGUAGAAGGAGUGUAGAGAUGGCUGGAGGAAGCUAUGAUAAAAUCCCUGGUGCUGUCUGUGACAGCUCCAAUGGGCCCCCUUUGGAUGUCAAGGUCAAAACGGAGAUCAUGGAGGAGGUGGGGCCGUCUUCAGCCAUUUUUGAGGAGUCAAGUGGCAGAAAGAGACCUAGCAGUUAUGAGAUGAGCAGUCCCCUGUCUGAUACUCAACAGGACUUUAAAACAGAACCACGGCCUACAGAGGUCAUAGCAAAAUAUGGACUCCUCAGCCAGUUGCUUAAACAACAGACUGCUACCUAUUAUACCAGUGCUGCUAUGAAGGCUGAGGUACAGCCUAGACAGGUUAAGGAGGAACAGAGGGAGUAUCCGAGCCCCAGUCCUAAGAAGAGACGCAUCUGCACUGAUCGGACUGAUUGUUUGAAUAAUACCAGCUCUAUAAGAGUAAAAGACAGUGGUGACAAAAACUUUUUUGCCCCUCCACCUGUUCAGGACGAGCCUGUACAGCAGAGGAGUCCAAAGGAAGAAGUGGCUCCACCCAGGAGCCCACCAAGUGAGGCCCUAACCAGAGAGAGCCGGGGUUUCAAUGUGCUCAAACAGCUGCUGCUCUCAGAUAACUGCCUGAAGGAGCUGUCCCAGCAGCCUCGGGGGACACCCAGUCCUUCUGUCUUGCAGGCUAAUGGCAAGGCCAAUGGCAGCAUUCUCAGUCAGCCUUCACAUAAUCACAGCUUCCUCCACCUUCCCAGCUGGCACCCUCAUGGCUCCCUCAACUCAGGGCUUCCGAGUAAUCUUAGACCACUGCCCACACCCCCUCAAGGUGACAGCCAUGUACGAACCCCCUGGAGCCACAACCCUGCUCCAUGGCCAGUGACUCAAAAGCGGGACCCCCCUACUCUUGUCAAACAGGAGCCUGAGAGCCCUGUGCGAUGGAGUAGUCAUGAGAAUGAGGAGGAGGAGGACGAGGAGGAGGGUUGUGACUCAAACCUGGACUCUCCACGGCUCUCACGUUCUAACCCGAUCUUAUAUUACAUGUUGCAGAAGGGCAGCAUUCAGCUGAGGAAGGAGGUGAGGGAUCAGGCGGAGGGAACCCAGUCUGUGGUCAGAGUUAAAGAAGAGCCAAUCAGUGACAUGCAUGCUUAUGAACACAGUCUGAGCUCUACCCCACAAUCACCAACCCAUAAUGACAAGCACAGCCAAGAGAGCCAGGGGCUGAGCCAAUCAUCUGAAUAGAAGUUGUAUCAACUGAAAAAAAAACUGAGUGGAAUCCAAAAUCAUUGACUCUUUUAUUCCUUUUUUUAAUGACUUGCCAAAUUGAUUUGAUGAUACAAAAAAUAAAGUACAAAACAAUGUUUUUUUAAAAGUGGAAUAGAGCAAGUUCAAAUUGAAAUGCAUACUUCAAAUGCAUUAUGCAUUGGUUUAGCAGUUUUUAAAAGUGAGGUCAUGGAGUGGUUAAAAACAGGUCUGUCUAAUUGAUUCAACGAAAACUACACAACGGACAAAAAUUGACUUUUCCCUGUCAUCUUGCAUAAUAUAUAUUUCAUUUUGUGAUCAAUGAAGUCCUCCUUUACAAUUUGAUCUUGUUUUACACUUCUUAUUUAUAUCUGAAUCGUACACAUAUCACUAUUCCAUGUCCUCUUUGUUGCUCACCAUAAAACAUUUAGAAUGAACAUUUCCGGCAACAUUUAUUAUUAAUGACUCCAAAAAUGUUAGUGCUCAGUUCAGUGAGACAUUUAUUUAUUUUCUCCAUCAGAACAUUGCAGACAGAAAACUCCCCAUCAAUUUUAGAUAAGAUUCCAAAUAAAGUCAUUCUAGGGCAGACACAGCAGUCUAUUACAACAACUUACAUGAUAAAUUUAUUCAAAGGAGGACCUUGAAAAUAAUGUUCACACUGCAAUAGCUUCAGUGAGGAUCCAACAUGAUGAAUGCUUUGUCUAGCUUUUUCCUCAAGAUUCAUGUUGUGGUAUAAUAACCAACGGAGUGAGAAUAUAUCAAUGGAGAUUUGAAUGGUCACACCUCAUUGGGUUAUGCUUUUUAUUUAAAUUGAACCUUUGAGGGCAGUAUUCGACAAUGCAAAUUCUGGGUGACAUGUUUGCAAGCUCUGCAGGUUUCAGCAGAUGGGUCAACACAGCAUGUGUGGGCGCUUACAGUUGAGCAACUGUAUGUAAACAGGUUUCUAGAGCAACAGUUAAAAAGGCCACAGUGUCUGAGUGACUUAUCUCACCAUCCUGGGUAAACCGACACAACUUUGCUUCAUACAAACACAAAGUGAGUUGAAAGCACACAGCUUUGUUUUUACAUUUCAUUCAAUGAGCAGCCAGAGUUUGCACUGUCAAAGCUGAGUCCUCACUAUCCUUUUCAUAAUAAUUUAAUGGCAUGUUUAAAAAAAGAAUGUCAGUAUUGUUAUCUGUUGAGAAUUUGACGGUUUGUGAUUUAUUUUUUCAUAAUUUCUUAACUGUUGUGGUUUUUCAGACAUCUUUUGUUUCCGUGGCAGUCUCUAAACCCAUAAAAUGUCAAAAGAAUUGCAUGAUAAGAGAAUACCACAGGUACAUCUUUGUUUUCAAAGCAGCUGGAUAAGUGUACCUGACCCCAAUAAUCAGCAAGACAUUUCGGUGUCUUGAGGGAUACCUGCUAUCUAGCUCCUUAUUUUGAUUGUACUGUAUUUUUUCAGUUAAUUUCACACACAACGCUUUAUCCAUUUAGUCUUGUGAUCUUUUUAAUACAUAUACCCAUGAAAUAUGUCUCUGCGAUUAUUAAUACAUUUUCACAAUGGUUAAAUAUAUUUGUGUAAAUAGUACUUUCAGUAUGAAAGAUGACUAUUUUGUAAUGUUUAAGAAAAGAUAUUACCCUAGUUUUUAAUGCCCUGAUAUGUAAAUAUGAAUUAUAUGCGUACAAGUGUACAUACAAAGGCAGAGGAUGCUAUGCCCAUCUUUUUUUGGUUGGUUUGUUCUUUGCAUGUGUCUCUAUGUGGUAAAUGAUAAUCUAUCCUGCGCUGUGUUGUGUAAUAAUGUCUGACUCUCCUCACUGCUGCCUGUUGCAUGCAGACGCAUGGGAACUACCUGUGUAUCCCUACUGGUGAUGGGGGAAAAUGUCAAGUCUUAAAAUAGGUCUUUUUUAUCACAGAGAGAGGUUCGUUUAGAAACUGAACAGUCCCUAAAUAACCACAGACUGUUAAGCAAGUUGAUUAAAAUGUGUGGAAAAUAAACGUGCAUUGAAUAUUUUUGUGAUUUUCUUUUCUGUUACUGGUUAACAAAGCUCUGUGGAAGAGCUUGGGGCUAUAGUGGGGGAUUGACGUACAAUCAUAGAUCUGCAUUGUGCAUCUAAGAAAUACAUUUGUAGCAGCAAAUAUAAAAAAGGUGUUUCAUUUUUUUCAUGUGAAGACCUGGAACAUUAUUUCAUUUUUUAUGUUUUCAUUUUUGGUGUUCAUUUGCACUGAUAUCUCAGAAAUAAAGUACUAAAAUGCAUGACCUAGUA